AUGUCGGCAGAGAAGGGUAACUACCCCCACGGGGUCAACGAAGAGUACGCAGCCCUUCUGGACUUCAUUCGAGCACAGAAGGCACAUGGCGGCGAUGACGAGAACGAUGACGGCACUAUGAUCGUCAAGAAAAGGAGCUUCCUAACCCCAUGGAAGACGCGGGAGGUUCGAGUGAACAAGAACGGCGAAGAAGAGACGGUCGCAGCCAAGGUUCCUGCAUCAUGGCUUGAAACCUCGAUGCAGAAAGGUGUCAGCGCGAGCGACGUGGACAAGCGACGACUUCAGUUCGGUUUCAAUGAGCUUGAGUCUCCGUCUGAGAAUCUCUUUCUCAAAUUCCUCGGAUUCUUCAAGGGUCCAAUUCUUUACGUCAUGGAGUUGGCAGCCGCCCUCGCCGCCGGUCUUCAAGAAUGGGUCGACUUUGGUGUUAUUGUCGCCAUUUUGCUCUUGAACGCUUUCGUCGGUUGGUAUCAAGAAAAGCAAGCUGGUGACAUUGUCGCCCAGCUCAAGGCUGGUAUCGCACUUCGGGCAACGGUCGUUCGUGACGGUCAAGAACGGGAGGUCGAGGCGCGUGAACUCGUCCCUGGUGACAUUGUUAUCGUUGAAGACGGUCAGACAAUUCCCUGCGAUGGCCGUCUUCUCGCUGAAUACGAUGACAAAGAUGGCUCUCAAGCUUAUGCUAUUCUUGAGAAGGCCCGUGCCACCAAGCGUGACGACGAUGACGACGAGGGUGUCGACAAAGGUCCGGCGAUCAUCGCCUGCGACCAGUCGGCCAUUACUGGUGAAUCUCUUGCCGUUGAUAAGCACAUUGGCGACACUGUCUUCUACACCACCGGUUGCAAGCGCGGUAAGGCCUACAUUCUAUGCACAGACAUUGCCAAACAGUCCUUCGUCGGUCGCACCGCUGCUCUUGUCCUUGGAGGCGAGACGGAGGGUCACUUCCAGAAGGUCAUGGGGUCGAUCGGCACGGCACUGCUCGUCCUGGUCAUGGUCUUUGUUCUCGCGUUUUGGAUCUCCGGCUUUUUCCGCAACACUGGCAUUGCCACUCCCAAAGAAAGCAACUUGCUUAUCUACACCCUGAUCUUCCUCGUUGUCGGUGUUCCCGUCGGUCUUCCUUGCGUCACCACCACCACCAUGGCCGUAGGCGCUGCAUACCUCGCCAAGCGCCAGGCUAUCGUCCAGAAGCUUACUGCCAUCGAAUCUCUCGCCGGUGUCGAUGUCCUCUGUUCUGACAAGACUGGUACUCUCACUGCCAACAAGCUUUCGAUCCACGAGCCGUACACUUCUGAGGGUGUUGAUGUCAACUUCAUGAUGGCUGUGGCCGCCCUCGCGUCAUCACACAAUGUUCGUUCGCUUGACCCGAUCGACAAGGUCACCAUCUCUACCCUCAAGGAUUACCCCGGUGCUCAGGAUGAGCUCGCAUCUGGCUGGCUCACUCACAAGUUCAUUCCCUUUGACCCUGUUUCCAAGCGUAUCACCGCUGAGGUCGAGAAGGACGGUAAGCGCUACACGGCAGCCAAGGGUGCACCCAACGCUAUUCUCAAGCUUUGCCAGCCCGACGCUGAGACCGCUGCUCAGUAUCGCAAGGUUGCUGGUGAUUUCGCUUCUCGUGGUUUCCGUUCACUUGGUGUCGCUAUCAACUCUGGUGGCCAAUGGAAGCUUCUCGGUCUUCUCCCCAUGUUUGACCCUCCUCGCUCGGACACUGCCGCCACCAUCGCCGAGGCCCAGAACCUUGGUAUCUCAGUCAAGAUGCUUACCGGUGACGCCGUUGCUAUUGCUAAGGAGACGUGCAAGAUGCUUGCUCUCGGUACCAAGGUUUACGACUCGCAACGCCUUAUUGGCUCUGGCGGCAUGGCCGGCUCUGCCAUUCACGACUUUGUUGAGGCUGCCGAUGGAUUUGCCGAAGUUUUCCCCGAACACAAGUACCAGGUUGUAGAGAUGCUUCAGAACCGCGGUCACUUGACCGCCAUGACUGGUGACGGUGUCAACGACGCCCCCUCCUUGAAGAAGGCCGACUGCGGUAUCGCGGUGGAGGGUGCCUCUGACGCUGCCCGCGCUGCUGCCGAUGUUGUCUUCCUUGACGAGGGUCUCUCGACCAUCAUCACCUCGAUCAAAGUCGCUCGCCAGAUUUUCCACCGUAUGAAGGCUUACAUUCAGUACCGUAUUUCUCUGUGCUUGCACCUUGAGAUUUACCUCGUUCUUACCAUCAUCAUUCUGGACGAGACGAUCCGUGCCGACCUUAUUGUCUUCAUUGCGCUCUUCGCUGACUUGGCCACCAUUGCCAUCGCCUACGACAACGCCCCCCAUGCCAAAGCACCAGUGGAGUGGCAGCUGCCCAAGAUCUGGAUCAUAUCGGUUAUUCUCGGUGCCCUGCUUGCUGCCGGUACCUGGAUCAUCCGCGGUACUCUCUUCCUCCCAAACGGCGGUGUCGUCGAGAACUUCGGUAACAUCCAAGAGAUCCUCUUCCUCGAAGUCUCGCUCACUGAGAACUGGCUUAUUUUCGUCACUCGUCUCGGCGGUGGAGAGAGCGACAUUACGCUCCCGUCCUGGCAGCUGGUCGGCGCCAUUCUUGUUGUCGACAUUCUCGCUACCUUGUUCUGCCUCUUCGGCUGGUUCGCGGGCGAUAUCCCGGCCAACUCUCCUGCAAUCCUUAACAACAAAUGGACAGACAUUGUCACAGUCGUCCGUGUUUGGGCUUACUCUAUUGGUGUCACGAUCAUCAUCGCACUUGUCUACUACAUCCUCAACCAGAUUGAAGCGCUCGACAGGCUCGGCCGCCGCCAGCGCUCUGUCAAGAACCCAAUCCUCGAGGACUUUUUCACCAACUUGCAGCGCCUCACCAUCGUCCACGAGAAGUCUGACAAGGACGGCGAGCCCGAUGUUUACAGCUUUGCCCCUCGCGUGGAGAUCGAUGACGAGUAA